ACACACUGAACUCCAGUAAGUACGCCUAGUACGUUUGUCAAUAUCAAUACAAAUUUCGAUAUUACGCCAUCCAGAUACGCAGCAUUAGAAGACGUUUACGGUCGUGUUUGGCUCGGUGAUCAGCCGGUUAGUCGGUUGUGAUGAUAUUUGUCAAGUUGGGCACCGCUGUCUACUCCCGAGCUUGUUCUGCCAUUUGACUGAAAUCAAGUCGUGGAGACUACUGAGAUAAUGGCCUGUGCAGCAGCAGUGGUGGAAGAAGUACCUGAAAAACACUGCUGGGUCUGUUUUGCUUCUGAGCGAGAAGAUCUACAUGCAGAGUGGGUUAACCCAUGCAGGUGUAAAGGCUGCACAAAAUGGAUCCAUCAGUCUUGCUUGCAACGGUGGCUGGAUGAGAAGCAGAAGGGGAAUAACGGGGGACCAGUGAACUGCCCACAAUGUGGUACAGAAUACCGCAUUGUGUUCCCCAAAAUGGGACCGUUGGUCUAUUCCCUCGAGCAUGUAGACAAGGCUAUCUCCCGGGUCAGUCCAUUCGCUGCAAUGGGGGUGGUAGUCGGGACCGUGUACUGGUCGGCUGUCACCUACGGGGCUGUGACAGUCAUGCAGGUUGUGGGCCAUAAGAAGGGUCUGUUUUUGAUGGAGAGAGCAGACCCUGUGUUUUUGUUAAUGGGCCUUCCCACCAUCCCUGUCAUGCUGGUACUGGGAAAGAUGAUCCGCUGGGAGGAAUACCUACUGACUCUUUGGCACCGAUACUCUGGUCAACAGCUAAGAGGUCGCCAGAUGCAUCGCCUUCUCCUCGACAGGAACUUUAACCGGGAACACCUGUCAGUCUCUAGGACCCUCUGUGGGGCUCUGGUCUACCCCUCUAUCGCCAGCCUCGCGGGACGCUUGUUCUUCCAAAGAAUUCCCUCAAGUCUGCAGCGCACCAUUUUGGGAGGUAUAGCGUUUGUGUUGAUAAAGGGAGCGCUAAAGAUGUACUUCAAGCAGCAGCAGUUCCUGAUUCAGACCAACCGCCAAAUCCUGAACUAUCCGGAGAGCAACGGAGAGCCAGAGAGAGACGGAGAUAACGAGAGAGGAGAGGAGGACGCAGAGGACAGUGGCAAUGAAUGAGUGAAUGGUUCAAGAGUUCAUAGGGUGGGAGUAUGGACACGGACAACAUUUGAAGAAAAUGUUAAGAACUCGCAGUGACAGAAGAUAUAUAACCUCAUAUUAAAUGUACACCUGGUGUCUUGUUUUUAAUGAAAAGA